GGAGGUAAUCCGCUCUCUGCCUGGCAGGUAUUUCUGGCGCCGUCGUGGAGCGUGGCCGCGGGAAAGAGUAGGCGAGCCUCCGCCUUAAGGGAAGCAAACGCUGCCACCUCCCCCCCCAUGACAAAAUCCGGCCGUUAUCAUUUCAUUUCGGUUUUAUUUCACUUUAAUUCUGCCCCCUCCUCGUGGCGCGUGGAUUAGUUGCCCCGCCUCCUUGAACGGUGGGGGGGGGGCGCUCGCUCCUCCCAGGAGUCUUUGCGGCAGCCAGACUCGGUUCGACCGUCCCUUGAGGCCCCUUCCCCGCGGCCGUCUAACUCAAGUGCCUGUUUGGAGCGGGACCCGCGGCACCCCUUCCCUUCCCGGGUUCUUCCCGCGCCAUCACGGCCUGGAGCGGAAGAUCCCACUUAAGGCCGAACCCCCCGUCUGUUUCUAGGUUCGCGGGCCCGGCCCUCUCCUUGGCGGGCUCUUCAGGCGUCGCUGCGGGCAGCCCGGAGUCUCGGCGCACGCGCGAACGUACCCGGGACGCGAGGUCAUGGCGGGGGCGGUGCGAGGGUGGCCCCAGGGCGCGAUGUCGGACGAGGACGCUUCUGAGGCGGCGGACAUCGCGAAAGCCAUCGAGCUGCUGGAGGAGGUGGGCGACUUCGACGAAGAUAACUCCGCCGCCGAAGAUAACGAUGACGACGAUGGCCACCGCUUUGUGGAGCCGGACGGCGAGAUCGUGCGCUUGCAGUGGAUGCUGGACAGGAAUGCCUAUGAUUACAACACUCACCUGGCUCUGAUAAAAAUAAUGCGUGAUGAAAGCGACUUUGCGCUUCCGGUAGCCCGCCGGAACAUGAGCGAAAUUUUCCCUCUCACUGAAGAGAUGUGGCUAGACUGGCUGAAGGACGAGAUUUAUAAGCCUGGAGGCUCUGAUCGGGAAAAGAUUUACGAACUUUUUGAGAGAGCGGUAAAAGAUUACAUCUGUCCUCAAAUCUGGCUGGAGUAUGCCCAGUACUCCAUGGGGGACAUCGGCACGGAAGGAGGGAUUGCGAGAGUUCGCGCCAUCUUAGAGCGGGCGAUCAUUGAGGUUGGCCUCCACGUGACCAAAGGAGCUGCCAUUUGGGAGACGUACCGGGAAUUUGAAAACGCCAUUUUGGCGACAAUGCAGCCAGCACUGGGCGCCGAGCCAACGCCUGAGCAGCAGCAGAACAUCAAGGCACAAUUCCAGAAGAUCCACUCAGUCUAUCGCCGGCAGCUGGGGAUUCCCUUGAUAGAUAUGGAAGCAACAUUUAUGGAGUAUCAAUCCUGGACCGACGAGCCGAUCCCAUACGCAGUGCGGCAAAGCUACGCAAGGGCUUUGAAGCAGUUGCAGAAAUACAAGCCUUACGAAGACGCCCUGCUGGUAGCUGAAGCCCCAAAGCUGGCCGAAUACGAAGCUUACAUCGACUUUGAAAUGAAGAUCGGGGACCCAGCUCGCAUCCAGCUGAUCUUUGAGCGUGCCCUGAAGGAGAACUGCCUCGAGCCAGACCUCUGGACUCGCUACACUCAGUACCUGGACAGGCAGCUGAGGGUGAGGAGCCUGGUGCUUCCUGCUCACGAGCGAGCUGUCAGGAACUGCCCCUGGACUGUCAAGAUGUGGUGCCACUACCUGAUGGCCUUGGAGAGGCACCGGGUGGAGCACCAGGUGAUCUCAGAAACCUUUGAAAAUUCCUUGAGACCCGGUUUCCCUCAGGCCGCCGAUUAUGUGGAAAUCUGGCAGGCGUACCUGGAUUACCACCGGAGGAGGGUGGACUUUACCCAAGACUCGAGUAAGGAGCUGGAAGAGCUUCGCUCAACCUUCGCUCAGGCCCUCAACUAUUUAAAGCAGGACGUCGAAGAACGGUUCAAUGAGAGCGGAGACCCUUCCUGUACUAUCAUGCAGGCCUGGGCCAGGAUCGAGGCCCGCUUUUGCAACAACAUGCAGAAAGCACGAGAACUCUGGGACUUGAUCAUGGUCAAAGGGAACGCAAAGUAUGCCAACAUGUGGUUGGAGUAUUACAACCUGGAGCGGGCACACGGGGAUACCCUCCACUGCCGGAAGGCUCUGUACCGGGCCGUGCAGUGCACCCAUGACUACCCAGAGCACGUCUGCGACAUGCUGCUCACGCUGGAGAAAAACGAAGGCACUUUAGAAGACUGGGAUGCAGCGGUUGAGAGGACAGAAACCCGGCUGGCUCGAGUGAAGGAGCAGAGAGCAAAGGCGGCAGCGAAGGAGGCCGCCCUGGCCAAGCAGGAGGAGGAGAAGGCGAACCAGCGCAAGCAAGCCCAGGCCCAGAAGAAGGCCCUCCAAAAGGCCCAGCAUCCCAAGGCCGGCAACAAGCGGAAGGCAGACGGCGAUGGCGAAUGGGUGGAAGAAGGUAUAGCGCCAGCCUGGCUUUGGCCCUCAGAAGCACCCUUCAGGAAACAGACGAGGUACUUGUCCGAAGAAGAACUGCAGGAACUGUACGAGGAGGAGCUGGAGCAGAACAUAGACCUAGAGGUUGAGCUGGGCUUUUUUGGAAAGAAGGACGCCCCCAAAGUGCUCCACGACAGCAAGAAGGAGGGUUUCACCGUCUUCGUCAGCAACCUCCCCUACCUCAUGGGCAAGCCGGAGAAACAACUCCGACGCCUUUUUGCCAAGUGCGGGGAAGUGGCCGAGGUCCGCCCCAUCUUCACGAACAAGGGCUCCUUCCGCGGCUACGCCUACGUGGAAUUCAAGGACGAGAAGGCGGCUCUGCAGGCCUUCGAACUGGACCGGACCUUGGUGGGAGGCAGGCUGAUGUUUGUGUCUCCCUACGUGGAUAAGAGCAAGAAUCCGGAUUCCAAGGUGUUCAAGUACAGCACCAAUCUUGAGCUGCACAAGCUGUUCAUCUCUGGCCUGCCCUUUUCAUGCACCAAGGAGGAGCUGGAGGAGCUCUGCAAAGGGCACGGGAAUGUGAAGGAUGUCCGGCUGGUCACCAACCGGGCUGGUAAACCCAAGGGCUUGGCCUACGUGGAGUUCGAGAACGAAACGCAGGCCUCCCAGGCGCUCCUGACGAUGGAUGGGCUGACCGUUCAGGGCCACGUCAUUAACGUGGUCAUCAGCAACCCUCCGUCCCGAAAAUUUCCCGAGAAGCCGGAAUCCCAAAGCCAGGAUCCGAGUUCCCAGAAGGCUCCUCACAGACGUCACAAGCCGAGAACCCAGCUGUCGAUGGUCCCUCGCGCCUUGCAGCGUCAAAGCAACCCAGAAAACAAGGCGGAGAACGGCACGCUGCAGAACCCGCCCGCCAAGCCCUCCCCGUCCGGGGAAAGGCCCAAGAUGAUGACCAACGCGGACUUCGCCAAGCUGCUCCUGGCUGGUCUUUCCCCGUAGCAGACGCUGCAGUCCAUCACGGCUCCCCUCCUGUUCUAAUUCGGACUUUUGUGUCCGCCAAACGCCUGAAGAGGGAAGGGUCGAUUCCCCCCCCCCCUUUGAAGUACCGUAGGGCCAAGUUGUUGAGUUGGGGCUGCAGGUGCGAGGAAUUUGUUGAAAAUGGCUUUAAAUGCUCCCUCAUAUUGGGGGGUUUAUGUGGCAAGCGCUCACUUUCGAGGCUGAACACAGUAUGUUUUAAUAGUUGGGUUUUUUUCAGCUGUUCUCCAAGUGAAGAGUUUAAUGUGAAUUGAGCCUCGAUCUGGUUUAUACAAAGCCCACCGCAGGCGCUGAGCUACGUCGGGGAGCCUUGCGACGCUGCCUGUGUUGUGCGCAAAAAAAAGGCCCCGGAACGAGUCCAGCGCCUCCUCGUGUACGAAAGGAGUAUAAAUAGCAGAUGCGAGAAACUUCACCAUAAUGGCCUAUUUUCAUAUUGGGAGGCAAAGGGCUUGGCGUUUCUGCCGGCCCGUUUGCUCAAAGUUGAGUCUGUUUUUAUAUAUAUAUAU